CGAUUCAGCCGCAUCUUGGGGUAAGAGGCCGAUCUGUACAAAGAAUGGCCGCGCAUAUGCACGCUUGGUCCCAAACCAGUGAGGCGGUUGCUGCAGACGACCAGGAAGUCCUACAUCCAAGUCUUACAUUAUGGCUCAGAAAUAGCGCCCGCCCGCCGUACCUGUUCGUUCAUCAACGAAUGCUCCCCCAUGAGUAUAAUCGCCUCGCCACGACCGAUGCAAACGUAGUUGACUCGGACGGAGAUUCAUGACCACAUGGCAACAGGCCCAGGCUUACCCCCACAAAACCUCGAGGAGCUCAUCAGGGCCGUCGAAGCCACACACGAACAAUACGUUCGCAGCCUGCGCAGUCUUCACGAUGGCCUCGGGGCGGGCGGCAAUGGCAUCGUCAACCCUAACCACAUCUCCCACGCCACUGCUCAUACCGCCGCCGGCGGGGGAGGUGGCGGCAACAGCAGCAAUAUUGGCACUCACGCCGCGGCGCGCAGGGAGCGAGACAGAGCCGACAGCCGAAGCAGCACCAUCCCGCUGGCCAUGACGCCGCCGCUCCGUGCCUUCACCACCUUCAGCAACCCGCCCACGAGCUUCGGCAGCGACAGCAGCCUCGCCGUGGGCUCCGGAAGCGGCACCGCCAUCCAGUUCAGCCAGCCGAGCAGCCUCCCGCGCCUCCGCCGGUCCACGCUCGAGGCCACGGCCGAGCGCCCCGUGUCGCUCUGUCCGUCACCACGGCCGCUUCUGCCGCUGACGCCUGUCCCCAACUCGGACCCCCACCAGCACCAUGAUUUCUCCAUCAUCGCGGACGAGGACAUCGCCUUCAUCCCCUUGCUCGAUGCGUCGAGCAGCAGCGGCUCGGCUGGCCCUCCCGUACCACCGGCGCCCUCCUCUGUCGUCACCAAUGAGCCCGACGUUAUCCUCGUCCCGCGAGGCUACCAGCGGCACUGCCUCACGCCCAUGGCCUUCUCCGACGACAUGCUCAUGCGUCAUCUGCGCGACCCGUGCCUCGUGGGCGACGCCAGCGGCGAAGAAGACGUCGCAAGGGUGCCCCUCGCGCAGGUCCUUGAGGAGGCGACGCGGCGGUGGGGCGACAUGAGCAACCCGGCCAUGUCGUUUCGUGAUUUCGCCACGGCUGAGCGCGAAAGCUACAUGAACACGACGUUUGAGGUGUAUGAUAUCAUGGAGGAUUCGUCGGCGGUCAGAGUGGGCGUCGAUGCGGACGCAUUCGCCGGCGGAGGCGGCGCGGCCUUGGGGACGCGUUACGGAGGAGACGGGGUGCCGUACGAGACGACAGAUGGCAUCGUGGAUGCCUCGACUGUGUGGGAAGUUAUUAAGGACGUCAAUCUGGAUGGAGACGCCGUCGGCCGUAUCACCAUCGUCCAAGAGCCCUCGCCGCUCAUCCUCGCCGCCCUCCAUCUCACCAUGUCACCGCACUUCGACAUGUCCGAGCUGCUGAGCAACCUCGUCUCUGAGACGCCCAACCGCGGCCGCACUCACGCCUUCAUGCAUCGCGCGUUCGAGCGGCCACCCUCACCGAUAUCCCAGUCCCAGUCCCUGGCCCAGCCCAGCCUCCUCGAAACGCCUCCCAUCGGCGCGCCGCCCAUCCCAGAGCCCGUCUCCUCGUUCGCACACUUGCGCCAGCGAUCCUUCUUCUUCGUCUUCAAGUACUACACCUCUGUCGGGGAGCGCCUCGAGCCCGCGCCCUGGCAGCGCUACGACAAGCGGCCUGUGGACAAGCGCCUGGGUGACCACAUCGACAUCGCCGAGUGCAGCUCCGUGCUCGGCCUGUCGCUCGGCGGCGCGCCCACCAAGCCGCUGCGCAUGCGUUCACGGAGGGAGCGCGUGAGGGAGGGCUUUCUGUUCGACACGUUUGGCCCUUGGCAUAUCCUCAGCAUUCAGUCCUUCCCCGACGACCAGCACACGGUGCGCGGCGAAGACUUUCAGCUCAAGAGCUUCUACAACGGACCGUACGCCUUUCUCGACCUCCUGAUUACUGAGUAUCGGGAUGCCGGCAAGCGUAACUUGAUUCUUCACGACCGCAUCACCAAACUCAUUACACCCCCAACCGAGUUCAUGUUUGACCGGCGCCUCCGCGACAAGCUUCUGUUCGAGGACAAGCACUUCACUUACAUUCGUCGCUACUUCUGGGCGUACAACACCCUUGCCGUCAUCAACACGGGCAUCAAGGCCAUGGUGGCCGCCUAUGCCGACACCUUCACCGAUGAGUUCUGGGCCGGCACGCAUCCGCUCCUUUGGCCGCACCCGGCCCCGGCCUCGUCCGAAGGCCUGGCCUACCGCGACAAGAUGGCCGUCCUGCGCCGUGAGCUCGACAAGGUGGUCGCGGAGCUCGGUGAGGUGCUCCGUCGCAACGAGCGCACGCGCAAGGAGAUUGAGAACUUGCGCGACCAGCUCUUCAGCGGGAGCUCCAUCAAGGAGAGCAGGCGCGCCAUCGACCAGGGCGACAAUAUCCAGAUACUGACUAUGAUCAGCAUGGUGUUUCUCCCCCUGACCUUUGUAACGUCCGUCUUCGGCAUGACAGAGUUUACCAUCCAGGUGACUGACUGGAGAUUCGCUGUCACCAUGGUCCUCGUAUGCGUUCCCUUCAUGAUCAUUGUGUUCCUCUUCCAAACACGCAGCUUUAGCCUCGUGUUUCGCAAGGUCGCCACGGCCGGCUCGUACGUCGCCUCGCUGCCCCUCACAGCGCUCGCCUCGCGCCGGCCGCAGGACGGUGCGCCAGACCAGCACCAGCACCAACCGCCGCCCCGGCGAAGAGGCAGGCACAGGCUCGUCACCACCGCGGUGGAGGGCCGUGCUGGAACACGCUCAGCAAACUGGCGGUCGUGGCUCUGGCCGGGACAGAAAAAAGUCGUCGUGACUACGGACGACGUGAACUUGGGCAAGGUGUGAGCUCGCAGUGUAUUCUGAGAGGAGGGAGCGAAGGAGAGACAUGGCACGGGUGCACCUGUAUGAUUCGAAACGCUCUUUGUACGAUUUAUUACAUGGCAGAAACUUAGGAGCACAUCACGAGACACGGCCUUGCGAGCAGCAUUUGGAUAGCAGUAGAUAGGAGAGUACCCCAGACGAGGACUUUGUAUCGUACAGUGAACUGCAAAC